AUGGAAUCCGCUUCAACUUUCAGCUUCCACCGUGAAAUAAUCGAUGAAGAUGAUUCAUCUCUGUAUACUUCAGUACGCUUUGCAAAUGGAAUGGUAAAAACGAUGGAUAACAAACGCUUACAUCCUUUAGUGGUAGAUUGUAUUCGUCGAAAUCAGAGUAUACAUAGUGAAGUGCCAGGAUAUGAUAUCAAUUGUAAACCUGAUGCUGAAGCUAAUUCUAAAGCUGUUAAAGUUUAUUGUGAUGUAAUUAAGAAAGGCAAAUUACAAUAUGAAGAACUAUUGAUUCGAGUUUUAGCUAUGGUGUGUCGUCUAGUAAUUUACGUUAUUUCUAUAGUAAAACCCCAACAAAAUAAUAUCAAUAUUAAUGUUCGAAAAUAUUGUGAAGAUGUAAAUUCAUUUAAAGAAUGUAUUUGUAUUGUUUAUGACGAAGAAAAGAAACAUUAUGAUGCUCUAUGCAUGGUUAAAAAUGCCUAUGGACAAAAAGAAAUUAAACCUUUUGAGCGUGAUGGUGCAACUUUCAAACUUUUUUGCAAAUUUAUUUUAGAAGAAUAUAAUUAUGACGUUAAUAUGCAAAAAUCACUUAAUUAUAAUCAAAAUAUUUCGACUGAACCAUCAACUAAAGAAAACAGUUACAAACGAAUAAAAUUUGAUAAAUCUGAUAGUUUUGAAUCAUCGUCAUCAAAUAAAAAUAAUGGUGAAUCAUCAACUAGUGACAAAUGUUCACAAGUAAAUGUUUUCACUAAUAAAGCUAUUCUAUCCAAUGAAGAUGAAUCAAAAAGAAAUCUUCAAACAGUUUCCGAUAAUGUGCAUGGAGUAGAAACAAUGCAAUUUGAAACUGAGCUUGCUGAGAAAUUUCGUGGCCGUUAUUCAAGUGACUUUGAACCAAAAAAAACAAAAAAACCUAACGAAAAACCAUCAGAACCAGGAGCACCGCGUUAUUUUGCUGAUCGAAACAAUCGAAAUUAUCUUAGUCUACUGAUCCCGAAUGCAUAUUUAUUAGCUGCUGUUCUUGGAAUUCGUCUUGAAAUUUGUAUAGUAACACGGGAAAUUGAUGGUUAUACGUACUAUCAUCCAUAUUUCAAAUUUCAAGAACAUCAUAUGGGUACUGAAUAUCCAAACGGCAAUCCGAUAUAUAUAGUUCUUGAUAGUUCACUUCUAUCCAUUAUAAGCGACCAAAGACAAAAGCCUGGCGAACGUAGAAAAAAGAGAGCAAUUGAAUUAAAAGAAUAUUCACAAGCAUUUAAACAAUUGAUACUUCCGUUAGUCGUCGCUAUGCUUAAAAAUAAUGAGUUACUGCAAUGCGAUCAGCCAUUGAAAAUUUUUUCAUUCCGAAAUACUGGUGAUCAUGGAGAACCAAUUAUAAAAACAUUUGAUUGCCAUGAGACAUUUAAAUCAACUUAUCAUCUUCAUGAUCUUCGCUUUGCAAUAACUCCAUGGAUUAAGCAAUCUGAUGAAGAAGGAUUUAAACGACAUGUUGAUAAACAAUAUAUUAGUCAAAUUUCAACAGAAGAUCAAUCUUACACAAUUGUAGGAAAUAAUGCAUAA